AUGGACGAAAAGCAGCUUGAUACUUCAAGCAGUUCAAUUUCAAUAAAAGUAAAGGGUACACGCGAAACAUACCAGCUGACGAUACCGGAAAACUCUACAGUGAAAGAUGUCAAAGAAGAGCUUGUUGCCAAGGUGGACGCACCGGUAGAAAGACUGUGCUUGAUAUUUUCUGGCAGGAUCCUCAAAGACAACGAAACUCUUAAACAGCAAGGCGUCGGGGAUGGUUUUACUAUCCAUUUGGUGGUGCGGAUUUCCCAGAAACCUACUUCUGCUGCAACCCCUGCUUACACGACUACCACAACGUCCGCUGGGCAGACUCAACCGGCAACGCCUGCAAAUCCUACCGGUAAUGUAUUCGGCUCAUUGGGCGCUAGUAUCCCUGGAUUCGACACGUUCGCUGGAGCUGGUACCUUUGCCGAAAUGCAGCAGAGGUUGCAGCAGCAGCGCAAUCCUGAAAUUGGUCACAUGUUGAACAACCCCGAACUUUUAAGACAGGUAAUUGAUUGA